AUGAACAUUAGUGAUAGAAGACGUAUUUUGGGGCCAUCAAAUGCUAAGCUCUUAACUUUUGAUAAGAGUGGCCCAGUAGAAAUUGAACCAAUAUCUAGCUCAUCAGUUCCAAAUUCUACUUCCAUGUAUAUUGAAAAUGGACUCAUUUGUAAUGCUAAUGGUUCGUCAUAUCUGGAAGUAACUGGUAGUACAUCGGAAGCAGACCGCACGCUUAUGUUGACGUCAGUAUACGGGCCAAGACCUUCUCGUGGAGCAUUCAAUGCUAAGGCGACGUUAAGUGUGCAAUUCAAAGAGGUUACUCUAGAAAAGAUACCAGCAGGAGAGCUCAAAGAACUCUGCAAUUUUUUGUCCAACGUGUUUAAUGCAGUAAUCAAUCUGGAACGCUAUCCCAAAUCCGGGAUUGACGUUUUCCUAAGUUUGAUUCACAGCUCCAAUGGGUCACAGCUGUACGAGCUAGAGUCAAUAAUAUCCACAUGUGUCAACGGGAUAACGUUGGCGCUAAUUGACGCUGGCAUCGAGAUAUUCGAUACGGUAAGUGCGGGAAUCUAUGAAAAGCAUAUAGUAGCAUUUGUCAAGAAUGGUACUGAGAUCGUGGGUUUUUGGAAGGGAAAAGACAGUGCUUCGGAGAGUGAAGAUAUAUUGAGCAUCAUCGAACAGUGCAAACUAGAUUACUUAAAAAAUAGAAAGGCCAUGGUGGAGUAUUUGGUACGAUGCAAUGAUAAAGAGGACCAUCUUCAGCAUGAGGUAACGAAACAAUAG